AUGGUCGCCGCUGAACGACAUCAAAAUUACACUAUCAAAGUCACAAAACAGUAAGUCUCAAUCCCAUAUAUACAUGAUAUAAGUUCCUCUUUAUUUACUUUUCAGACGUAUCAACGAAAAGACAGACCGCAUAGACUUCAUGUCCUACCUCCUUCGCGAUCGUCUCCAUUCGACGAUACUCACGUCUCAGACAUCCAAUUCGCUGCCCACGCCUCAGAUUUCGUAAUCGCAGGUUCAGAAACUACCGCUACCACACGCGCUGUCACUAUUCACUACCUACUCUCCAAUCCCUUAAUUCUUCAAACCCUUACUGAUGAAAUCCCGAAUAAAUUCAACAAAGAAGAAGACAUUUGCGCCGCUAGCACCGCCGGUCUCAAAUAUCUCCACGCAGUCUGUCUCGAAGCUCUACAAAUGUACGCCCCUCUCCCCCUUGGCCUCCCUAGCGUCGUUCCCAAAGGCGGUGCUCUAGUAGACGGCUACCCUGUGCCAGAAGGAUUCGUCGUGAGCACCAAUCCCUACGCUGCAUCUCUAUCUCCGACGAACUUCACGCGUCCACACGAGUUCAUCCCCGGGCGUUGGAUAGGAGAUAACAAACAAGAUAUGUUGGAUGCGGCGCAGCCAUUUAGUCUUGGACGAAGGAGUUGCUUAGGCCGCUGUUUGGCGUGGUUGGAAAUGCAUAUUGUGCUUAGUAGGUUGAUUUGGAGAUAUGAGAUUGAGCGUGUGGGACCGAUGGUGGAUUGGGAGGCGGAAAGUGAGAUGCAUUUGUUGUGGAAGAAACCCGAGUUGCCGGUUAGGUUGAAGCCGAGGUUUAGAGAGAAGAAGAUCUGA